CAUUAUUUUACCCCCAUUGUGUUUUGGAGACUUCUACUCGUACUGUGAACAGAAGUUCAUGCACGCAGCAUCUUGCCUGUAGCUUUCGAGCAGAGAUGACCUCUUCGUCGCGACGAGUGUCGCAGAUACCCGCUCCGAACGUCAAUCUAUUCUGUACCCAAUGCGACAUCCAGAUUGGCGUCUUUACGAACGAAUGGACCCGUCUCACCUCAACCUAUGUCUACGCUACCCAUGUUGGCAAACACUUCGGAACAGAAGUCGCCAACAAGACUCAAGUAGUGCCUAAUGGAGUGCUACAAAAAGCCGUGGAAGGAUGCACAACUGCAGAGGUGUUUUGCAAGAACUGCUCAGCGGGAGUCGGUCAAUACUGUAAAGCUGCGCCAACCGCAGAGCAGAGGCGUCUGAUUGACCAAUACUUUUACAAACUAUCAAAGACAUAUUUGAAGGACAACGCAACGAACACUAUUUCCGAUCCCAUCUUUGGCUUCUCCGGGAACAUCGUCCGCAACACUUCGAGAUCCAGCGUGGCUCCUCGCCAAAGCCUUCCUUCUCUCCCGAGGUGGUCGGAAACUCCCAUGCACAAUGAUGAUAUGCCUUCGGCAUCUCAGUCAAUUUCCGAGUCUCAAUCUCGAUCUCAUCAACCAUCCCCAUUGCAGACCGCAUCCUAUCCUGACCCGUCGGCCGGGAUGCAAUUAGAGGUGUACGAGUCCAAACUCAAGAUGCAGGACGACAAGAUCGCGGUGCAGGAACAAACAUUGCGACAACAAGACACCCAGAUUCGGUUACUUACAAGUCUUCUCGAAACACUUCAGAGCACAGUUGAGGAUCUGAAGAUGUCGAUGCGGGAGAUACAAUCUCAGCAUACGGGGGAGCACUACGAUGCUAGGCAGAAUGCUGCAAUGCGUAAGGACAUUAGACGAUCGCGAGCCAAUACCGCGGAAGUGGAAAGAAUUCUCGCUCAGAACGAUGCGAUGAAGGCGCAACUAGAGGGCCUGGAUUCGGCCACAGAAGGGUUGACAGGCAGCUCAAAGCAUGCCAGCAUGCUGGGCAAGCGUAAGCGCUAUGACGAUACCGCCAGGUCAGGAGCAUCCAAGUCGAACCGUUCGGCUGUGCAUGGCUUGCCUUCUUUUCAGGGAGCGUCGUCGUUCAUACAGAUACCGACCCCUCGUUCGAGCAACCCGUCGGACAGUCAGUCACAGAGCGCGUCCACCUCUUCACGAGAUUUGACUCCUGAUGAGCAACCCAAUGUAGCUCCACAACAAUCAUUCCAACCAGAUGACGAACCACAACAACACCUGGACUCACUCGAAAAUUCAGUGCCGCAGCAAGGUGAAGGUGACAGUAGUAUACAGGAUGCAGAAGAUGCACUAGAGGUCAAGGAAACCGCACAGUCCUCGGCUGGAGACGAAUCUGCCAUAUCCGCAAUGGAGCAUCUGCCGGGAUCAAGACAGAGCGAAGAUACAUUCCUGCCAGGCUCCACGCCGAUAACCUACGAGAAGCCAUCUUUUAACAACGACGACGAUGGAGAACACAUCGAUGCGCCCCAGGCAGAAAGCGACAUGGACAUGCAAACCGAGAUUGAUACAGCCAGAGCCAUACCGGCUCGUUUUGAAAGCAUAUCCUCGCCACCAGCAGACAAUGUCGAGUUCAGUGACGAAGAGCAAGAGGAGGUAACCAGUAAACGAAGCCAUGGUUCACGGAAGACACAUAAUCGUGAAGAACCGAUAGUCGUUCGUACCGUUACUGGUGAGGAACCUUCACAUCAGCCAGAACCAAGGACCCGUCGCCAGACUAGGAGGUCGAGUGCUGCAGCCAGAGCUACGGAAACGGCCAAGAAAGGGCGAGAUGCAGCUCCUGAGCCUGCCACAUUUGCUCGAGUCAUUCCUCGCAGACUAGAAAAGGAUGGCUUCGCCAGAGUUGUCACUCCCGCGUCGGUAGAAGCUACGAUGAGAGGCCACAAGCCGAAAGCGCUGCAGCCUGUUACACAGAUACUAUUCAAAGAACUCGAUGAGCUUGGGCUCCAGGAAUGGAAGCAUAAGGACAGGAAAUGUGCCGAGUAUCGCAAGGUCGUCGGUGAAGCACGGAAACGCAAGCGAGAAGAAAACAAAUUGGCGAAACUGGUGAACUCUGGCGCCGACGUUGACGUAGCAGCAGCUACUGCGGGAAGGCCAGACCUUCCAAGUCCAUCCGACCUCAUACAACGCAGCCUUGGAACUCUGGACGACGCGUUCCAGGCUGCCACGGCAGCUUUAUUGGACGGCAGUACUGGACAGCUCAAAGCGACCAGGGCAGUGCCCUUGCCUGGGCACAACACCUUCAGCGUGCGGGUUAGCAAUGAUCAGCCGACCGCUAACGAUGUCAUGGACGAGUCUGUUUCAUCAGAGGACAGCAAAUUGGCUCGCCGCAGACAGCGUGAGGCAGAGAUCAGGCGGCGUGACCAGCUUGCAAUGGAGGCGAUGGAUAUGAGCGACUAGGGCUUUCUGUGUGCUGCAACAAUGGCAUUUGUUAGCAUGCAGUAUGUGCUGUAUAUCGGUUCAAGUAGCAUGCAUUAUUUUGUCGUACGAAUCAUUCGAUGCAUGUGUACGAAGGAA